GCAGUCUCGCCGCCCAGGAGCGGAGGGGCUGGAGCCGCCGAGGGGCGGGGGCGGGCGGGCAGCGGAGCCGCCGCGUCUGCGGGAGCAGCCGCCGCCCCGCCGGGCCGCGCAGCGGGGAGCGCAGCGGAGCAGCAGCCGCCGGCACCGGCACAGCCCCGGCCAUGCUCGGCCUGGAUGUGUGCGAGGCCGGCGGGCAGCUCAUCGAGCUGCUCUGGCUGGCGCUCUGCUACCGAGACAUCAUGGCUGAAAAGGAGGGGGUGACGCUGUCGCUGGAGGAGGAGGAGGAUGUCGACGUGGCCCUGGCGUACAAGACGCCGGAGAAGAAGAGCCUGCGGGAGAUCCAGGACCUGGACCCAGGGGACGAGAGCCUGCGGAAGUACAAGCAGGCGCUGCUGGGUGCCAUUCCCGCCGCCGUGGAUGCCAACGUGCCCAACGUGCAGGUGACAAGGCUCACCCUGAUGUGCGAGCAGGCGCCGGGGCCCAUCACCAUGGACUUGACUGGUGAGUGGUGGGGGCAUCGAUGGGAGGGGAAGGAGGAAAGGUGCCAGGCUCACCGGCCACCUCCUUGCGCAGGAGACCUGGAGGUGCUGCGGGGACGGGCUUUCGUGCUGAAGGAGGGCGUGGACUACAGGGUGAAGGUGUCUUUCAAGGUGAACAGGGAGAUCGUCUGUGGGCUGCGGUGCCUGCACCUCACCUACCGCCGCGGCCGGCCCGUGGAUCGUGAUGUCUUCAUGGUGGGCAGCUACGCCCCGCGGGCCGAGGAGUACGAGGUGGUGACCCCCGCCGAGGAGGUUCCGCAGGGAUGGCUGGCACGGGGCUCCUACCGCGUCCGCUCCCUCGUCACCGACGAUGACAAGAUGGAGCAUCUCUCCUGGGAGUGGGGCCUCUGCAUAAAGAAGGCCUGGGAGGACUGACCCCCCAACCCCUGCACCCCGAUUCCCUCCCGCCAGCUCGGGGACGCGGUGCCUGCCAUCCCAUGGGACACCUCACCGGCACCGCCGCUCGCUCCGGUGGUGUGAAGGGUGUUGGGGGGUGGGGGUCCCUUAGCGAGCGGGUGCCCACGGUCGUGGUCUUUGCAACCAAAGUUAUUUUUAAUUCCUGUAUUUUUUUUUUAAAUACCGACGCUCCCCUGGUCCUCGCACGUCCCCGUCUCCGGGACCGGGGCUGGGACCCUGCCGCGGUGGCACCAUGCUGCCCACCCGCUUGCAGGCUGUGCUCUUCCAUCGCCAUUAAACCCUACA